UGCUUCCUUCUCUUUCUCCAACGCCCUCGAUUCCAGAACACAAGAGCUCUCUUCCUCUCUUCUCUCUUCUCCGGCGAACUUGCCGGCAUGGACUGGUGCUUGGAUGAGUAUGAGAAGUUCGUCACAAGGAUGAACACCCCGAGGGUAGUCAUCGACAAUGCUGUUUGCCCCACGGCCACACUUGUCAAGGUGGAUAGCGCUCGCAAACAUGGCGUCCUCCUUGAAGCUAUUCAGGCGCUUGCUGACCUAAACCUUUCAAUUAACAAGGCUUACUUCUCCUCUGAUGGCCGCUGGUUCAUGGACGUCUUCCAUGUCACUGACCACCUCGGCCGGAAGCUCGCCGACGACCGCGUUAUUUCGUAUAUCGAGCGGUCUUUGGGCACUGGUGGCUCAGCGAGAUCUGAAGUUCUUAAUGGCUUCACAGCUUUGGAACUCACCGGCACCGACCGCCCAGGACUGUUAUCGGAGGUCUUUGCCGUCCUUUCCGACCUCCAAUGUGGCGUAUCCGACGCCACCGUCUGGACUCACAACGGCCGGAUCGCGUCCCUCGCCUUUAUCAAGGACGAGGGUGGCUCUGAUUCCCCGAUUGCCGACGAUGCGCAGAGGAUCCAGUGCAUUGAAGCACGGCUUAGGAAUGUGCUCAAAGGGGAUGACGACAUUCGCAGCUCCAGGGCCACCGUUUCGGCUGCGGCUACAGUGGUUGGUGUGAACGCUGAUCGAAGGCUGCAUCAGAUGAUGUUCGAGGACCGGGACUACGAAAGAUUUUCGACUGGCGGCGAGGAGUCCUGCUCGGCGCCAUCCGUCUCUGUUCAGAACUGGAUCGAGAGGGGGUACUCAGUCGUGAACGUUCAGUGCCGGGAUCGCCCGAAGCUCUUGUUCGACAUUGUUUGCACCCUGACGGACAUGGAGUACGUCGUCUUUCAUGGAACUAUCGACACCAAAGGAGAUAGAGCUCACCAGGAAUUUUACAUUCGUCACAAGGAUGGAACUCCGAUCAGCUCAGAGGCUGAGCGGCAGCGUGUGAUUCAGUGCUUGCAAGCUGCUAUUGAGCGAAGAGCAUCCGAGGGAUUGAUACUCGAACUAUGUACAGUCCAUCGACGAGGUUUGCUCGCCGAUGUAACACGCACAUUCCGUGAAAAUGGUCUUUCAGUGACAAGAGCAGAGGUCUCAACUCGAGACAAUAUAACAGUGAAUGUGUUCUAUGUCACUGGCUCCGCCGGCCACCCGGUCGAUCUCAAGACCAUUGCUGGCAUACAACAGAGAAUCGGAGCUGGCGUACUCACAGUCAAGGAAGAACCACGGGAACAGGUCUGCCAGAAGAGACCUGACCGCGAAGAGGCCACCGGGGUUGGGCUUUUCUAUUUAGGCAGUUUAGUUAAGAGGAAUCUAUUCAACUUGGGGCUCAUUAGAUCCUGUUCUUAGGACCACUUCAAGGUAUCUUAUCUCUUUGUGCAGAAUAUCAUUCCUUUACUUCAAUUAAACAGUGGUUGGGUUUUUGUGUUUGUGUGUACAUAUGAGAAAAAGAAGGAUUCAAAGUUUACAAGAGAAUAGAACCAUCUGAUUAUUAUUGUCUUGCCAUUGAAUCUUUUUUGUACAUUGUGGGAAAACAGGGAACUAUUUAGUACUACUGAUGCUUCAUGAGUUUGAUUUGAUUCUGUCUCCAAUGUGGACAGAAUGCUUAGUCUCA